AUGUCGACACAGUCAGACCAAGCUCUUGUUCAAGCCUACUCGCAGGUCCUCAUACCACAAUAUAUCUUUACAGCUGUCUCGUGUUUGGUCGUCUAUGAGUUUCUGAUUACUAUCGGUGACGAGAUAAACACCGUCUGGAAGCGGCCUAUCACCAGAUCUGCCGUUCUCCUCGGCUCGAUACGCUGCUGCUCAACGCUUGAAAUCGUAACCUGGAUAUUCAUUCUCGCUGGAUUUUUCCUGACCGGACUCUUCUCCACCCUGCGUGCCUUCGUAGUCUCGGAUGGGAGCCGUUUCUGGUCGCUGGUAGUGCUCAUGCUGAGCAUGGUGCCAUUUGCAGUGAACGUAGCGCGUAGACGCGGCGGUAUCGAAGUAUGGUCCCGUUAUGGAUCCGCUUAUCGGAAUGACAUGCGCCUCGGAGCUUCCAUUAUCCGCGCGAACAACCCGCAUGUGGUCGUGUACGCAUCCCGCGGCUCACUUGUCCUCUCUGACACGAUCGUGCUCGUCUUGACCUGGAUCAAGACGUUCGGAGAGUGGGCACGCGCCCGUAGGCUUAAAGUCAAGGUGUCGCUGACAACGUGCCUCCUCCGUGAUGGGACUAUUUAUUUCAUAGCUCUGUUAGCAAUGAACAUCGCUCAGCUGCUGGCAUACGACUCUUCUGGAGUCACGCCUCCAGUAUCCACGUUUAUCAUGACUUUGCCCCCGUUGCUCAUCAGCCGCUUCAUGAUCAACCUGCGGACAGCCGACUCGGAAGUGCCGAACCACUCCGCAUGCAUUGCUGGUACGCAGCAAGAGCUAUCAGCCCUGCAGUUCAGAGAGUCGCCAGAUUGGCUGGGUAAUAUUGGGGAGACACUGCAGGAUGGCUGGAGCGAUGAAUCCCGUGCCGAAGGAAGUGGUGCUGCCGAAGCGGACGAGGCAGGAUGUCAUGAAACCAACGCCGAGGCAUAA